CUUCCCAGUUUUACUAAUUUGAAUAAUUGUAAAGUUUAUAUCGUAUUUAAAGGGGUUGUAUGAUGUUUUCAUUUGUGUUUGUAUGAGAUCCAUGAAGUCUAAAACACUAAAGUCUCCAUCCCAAAGAGAUAUUCCUGCUGUUGAUAUUGAAAUGCUUUCACUUGUUAAUGUUUCGUCACUGCUCGAGCUGAGAUGGUGUGUGUUUUUUCACAUCGUAGAGUUUAAUGCAUCUCCCAUACAUAAGGUCAAGAGACCAACUCGAUAAAAGAAGCAUAAACUGCACAGGUUUAACCUCCAAGUGCUUAGUGGCCACAUACGUGGACGGCACAUUUUAGCUCUUAUGUCUACAAUUGUAUUCUCUGCUGAAUUGGUGGUGUUAUGGACACCUAUGGGGGUACUUACGCUACCAUCUAGUGGUGUCAGAAGUUUAUAACACACUACGGUCAAAAAUGUCGGCGAACACAAAGGAAGAUUCAAGUGGUAGCGCCAUACACAAACGUCAACCAGAGCGCUUUUCUUUGCAAAGAGCAUUGGAGCUAUUUGAGUUGAUUGAUGGAGACGUCUCUGAUCUGGAUGUCUCUGACAACGAUGAUCCCAUUCUGGAUGGCAAUUACCAACCAUCACCACAAGAGGAAAGCAGCAGUGAGGACAGUAGUGAUGAUGAGGACCACAUUCCUCAGCCCACUGACCACAGCAGAGGAUGCAAACAUGCGGAUUAUGCAGAUAACGGUUCAUGGACAGGGCAAGAGACAGGCACAAGUUCAGGUUCAUCCCGCACUCUUAAACGUCGCCGUCAAAGUGAAGAGAUUGAGGCUGACAGCUCAGAAGAUGACUUGGAAGAGUCAACACCAAGACAAACAAAAAAAAAGAAAAAGGGAGACUCUGAACAAGGACGUGGACUUCGCUGGAAGGCUACUCCAUUGACGCCAAACCUGGCAGAGUAUCAGCAUCAGGACGAAACUGAUCUAGACAGACAUGGUUGGACACCACUAGACUAUUUUGAACAGUACAUAGAUAGAGAUUUGAUGAUGACGAUUGCAGAAUGCUCUAAUAUUAUGUCACUGUCUAAGAGUGGAGAGCCACUUAACAUGACGACAGAUGAGAUUUACCACUUUUUUGGUGCCUGUAUUUUGAUGUCUUGCAUCCGAUACCCAACCAUUAGGAUGUACUGGUCCAAAGCCUUGAAAAUCACUGCCAUCACUGAUAAAUUCACUCGUGAUAGAUUCUUCAAACUGAGGGGAGCAAUAAAAGUGGUUAUUGAUCAUGAUGUGCCAGAAGACCUGAGAAUGUCAGACAAAUUCUGGAAGGUGAGGCCUUUUCUGGAUCGAAUUCUGCAAGGCUGCUUGUCUCUUAACCGACCUGAUUGCGCAUGUAUUGAUAAGCAGAUGAUUCCUUUCACAGGAGCCUGUCCGUACAGACAAUAUCUGCCAAUGAAGCCAAACCCAAUUGGCGUAAAGAACUUUGUUUGCUCUACAUCAGAUGGUAUUGUGCUUGACUUUGAGCUUUAUCAAGGCACAGGUUCACUGAUUGGGAAGGUCGAAGAGCCAGAGGGCCUGGGUUUAGGAUGCUUAGUCAUCGAUCGUCUGUGCCAAACUCUGCAUCGUGGCACAAAGGUGUAUUGUGACCGGUUCUUCACCACCAUCAAAGGUGCGCAACGAAUGAUGGAGAAAGACCUGUACAUGACUGGUACAAUAAUGAACAACCGACUCGCUGGAGCGAAGUAUAAGUUACCCAGUGACAACGCCAUGAAAAAUGGCUCAUCGGGUACCUCAUCAGAAGUUUCCACUGAAGAUGGAAAGUUGUGUGUAGUGAAGUGGUACGACAACAAACCAGUAUUGCUGAUGUCUGUUGUUCAUGGUACACAGCCAGAAGACACCUGCCAGCGCUGGGACAAGAAAAUGAAACAAUAUGUCACUGUCUGGCGACCAAGCAUUGUCCGUGAGUACAACAACAAGAUGGCUGGAGUUGAUUUGAUGGAUAGAAUGAUAAGUUACUAUCGCAUGAGCACCCGUACUAAGAAGUGGACAAUGCGGAUAGUAAUGCACUUCACAGAUCUGGCUUUAGCCAACAGCUGGCUACUCUACCAAAAAGACCAUGCAAUAUGUGCUGGACCAAAAACAAGACUCGUCCAGUUCCUUCAGUUUCGCAUGGAAGUGGCUACGAUCCUCUUGGCCCAGCAUCACGGCGCAGAUGCAGACCUUUCGACACAGUCAGAGGAAGAAGAUUCAAACCAGGGAGUGAAACGUCAUGUGACAGAGUUGCCCCAUGUCUCGGUCCGCAGGAGGGCUAAUGCCCACCUCCCAGAGAUGAUCGGCCUGAAAAAUGCAAUGCGCUGCAGACAACUAGGCUGCACUGGAAGAACCCGAGUGCGUUGUAUGACCUGCAAAGUGUUUUUGUGCUUGCAAGCAGAGCGCAACUGUUACUCAGCCUUUCACACAUAAGUGAUGGCACGGAUUCUCAAGUUGUGUAUAUGUUCCUACAAGUUCAUGUUCUCCGACUACGUGAAGGUCAAUCAAUCUGGUGACCUCUGGGGCUCUGUAAGCAGGCGUGGUCCUUCAGUGCUCAGUUAUCGCAGUCUUUGAUGGCCCGUUUCCACUUAUUGGUACGGUACGGUACAGUUCGGUACGCUUUUAUGGCUGUUUCCACUGUCGAAAGACUUACCGAACCAUACCGUACCACUUUUUCGACACCUCUUGCAAAGGGUACCAACUGGCCCAAAGGUUACCGUUAGGCGGAGCCAGACGCGCAGGUAAACACUAUUGGUUUACAGAGAUACAACACACGCAGAAGCAGGAGAAUGAAAACAAAGCACCAAUUUUAAAAACACAGCCGAGACAUUACACCGCAAAACUAUAUACAUAUAAUAACAAGCCAUGGUCGACCUAAGCUCAAACAAACUUUGUCGUUGUCUUGAUGAACAGUCACAAAGCCAAGAAGAACAAACUCUGCCAUGUCCUGUUGGUGUUUUACAAGGCUGUUUAAAGCACGAGCGGUUUCACGUUCUCCAGAGAGCUCGCUGCGCAUUUAUAUUUGAAAUAACAAACGUUUUGAGCUCAUAUUAAUAACGUGCGGGUGAUCAUCGAAGCGCUCUAAUAUCCGAUCCUGUCAUAAGUGACUCUCUGUCAAGAGUGAAGUGCGAAAAAACAAAGGAGCAAAUGAUGCUUCUGCAACCUAAAACAUGAACAAACUGCCAUGUUUAACUAUUAUCAUCACCAUAUGAACUUUUAUGGGCUAUUAUGAACUCGGAAUGACUGAAUUACUCUCUAACAGAGGCUACAUGUACUGCUGAAGAUUACAGACACAGAUGAGAGGUCUGCUCUGACUGUGGGCUAUAUUUUGUGUUGUUUAUGAACCCAAAUAAGGCCUAAAUGUCUGCUGUGUGUAGUUUUUCUGUAAUUGAUAUCAUAUCGGAGACUUUAAGGGUGUAUGUGUUCAUAUAUGUUGCAUUUAUUUAUUUAUUUAUAACUGCAGACAUUACAGUAGGCUAUUUUGCAUAUUUCGUCAUUGAUCUGCAGUUAUUAUCAAAUUAUGUUCAUAGAAAGGUUAGUUAUAAACAUUUAUACAGAACUAUUUAUGUGUGUAAAGCAUCUGUUUUGUGAGAAGUGCUUCUCGUAUGAUAUGUGAAUGACCCUUACGGCUUUACUGUGACAUUUUCUUGAGUAAAAAUGACAAUGACUGAAACUUUCUGUCGUACACCACGCCCACCAAAGGGACCCUUUUGGCAGUGGAAACGCAAGCUUGAUAGAGGUGUACCGUACUGCACAUCUUAGUGGAAACGGGCAAUGACAUGUUCCUUUUUUAUAUUACCAAUGCAAAAUGUCACAUGAGCUGUUUUUUCUUUUUUUCACUAUGAUGUUCAAAACACAUUAGUAGCCCAAUGCAAGAGUGGCAUACAGACAUACAGUGUCAUCCUGCAACUGUUUUGCAGCAUAUGAAAUGUCCCUAACACUAUUUUUAACUGUCCAAAAUGGGCAGAAAAAUGUUGUUUUUGCUCUCUGAUAGUCAAAUCAUGUUCAAAAAAUAUGUGUGUAUUUGUUAUCAAUGCAUUAAAAACAGUCAGGAAAAAACUGCUGUGUUCAAGGCAGAAAUAAAGAGUUUUUCAUUCUGUUA